AUGCACGGAGCCGCCCGCGCUCCAGCCACCAGUGUGAGUGCCGACUGCUGCAUCCCGGCAGGCCUGCGCCUCGGGCCGGUGCCUGGAACUUUCAAGCUGGGCAAGUACCUGUCAGACCGCAGGGAACCCGGGCCCAAGAAAAAGGUGCGCAUGGUGAGAGGGGAGCUGGUGGACGAGUCGGGGGGCUCCCCUCUGGAGUGGAUAGGGUUAAUCCGGGCAGCCAGGAACCCUCAGGAACAGACUUUGGAAGCUAUUGCAGACUUACCUGGAGGACAGAUCUUCUACCGAGCGCUGCGAGACGUCCAGCCAGGGGAGGAGCUGACCGUGUGGUAUUCCAACUCCUUGGCUCAGUGGUUUGACAUCCCCACAAUUGCAACUCCUACGCACGACGAGAAAGGGGAGGAGCGCUACAUAUGCUGGUACUGCUGGAGGACGUUUAGAUACCCCAACAGCCUUAAGGCGCACCUACGUUUCCACUGUGUACUCAGUAGCCGCGCGGGCCGCGCCUACCUGCACCAUGAGCACGGGGCUCGUCAAGUCGCUGUCCCGGCUGCGGAUGGCCUUCGCCUCUCUCCGAAAUCCCAGGUGCCCGACUUCGCCGCGGCCGCCCGGGUGGGCACUCUGCGACCCCACCCGCAGUCCCCGCCUCCUGUCCAGGCCUGCGGAGCGAGGGAGAGCAUCAAGCGGGAGGCCUCUGCGCCAUCGGCCACCUCGCCGCCCCCGGCCAAGUGGGGGCCGUCCAAAAAGGGCAAGGAGCACCCGGACCGAGCCCUGGACAUAAGCGGGGCCGCCGGGGGACAAGGCCACUUCCUUGGCAUCGUGGGCGGCUCCCCAGUGGGGGGCGGCGGCCUGGCCUUCUACCCCGGCGUGCGCUCAGCUUUCAAGCCCGCCAGCUUGGCCAGGGCGGCCGCGCAUGGUGACCCCUACCGUGAGGAGGGCGGUGGCAAGCCUGGGGCUGGCCUGGCCUUAGGCAGGCUGCUGGGAGGGAGUCGUGCAGAAGGGCGCCCAGGAAGCGGGGAGAACCUGGCGGCGGGCGGCGCAGGCCACCACCAUCACCACCACGCGCACCAUCACCACCACCAUCACCACCAUCCCAAGUGCCUGCUUGCGGGGGACCCGCCACCGCCGCCCGGCUUGCCCUGCUCGGGGGCCCUGCGGGGCUUCCCUCUGCUCCCGGGGCCCGUGGAAGAGGCGUCCGCCUUCAGGCACGUGGAGCGCUCCCCGCCCGCCGCCGCCGCCGCCGCCGCCGCCUCCUUGCCCCGAGCGCGUUACCAGCAGCUGCCUCCCGCAACCGGGCUGCCCCUGGAGCGCUGCGCACUGCCGGCCCUCGACGCAGGCGGGCUCAAAGCCUACCCGGGUGGCGAGUGCAGCCACCUGCCCGCCGUCAUGCCAGCCUUUACCGUCUACAACGGGGAGCUACUCUACGGCUCACCGGGCGCUGCAGCUUAUUAUCCUCUUAAACUGCACUUCGGCGGGCUGCUCAAGUAUCCGGAGUCCAUCUCCUACUUCAGUGGGCCCACGGCGGCGGCGGCCGCUCUAAGCCCCGCCGAGCUGGGCUCUCUGGCUAGCAUCGACCGAGAGAUCGCCAUGCACACGCAGCAGCUCUCCGAGAUGGCGUCCGGGAAAGGCCGCGGCCGCCUGGACGCCGGGGCGCUGCCACCGGGCGUCGUGGCAUCCGGUGGCGCGGGGGUUGGUGGCAGCGGCGGCGGCGGCGCGGGCAAGCCCAAGACGGGCCACUUGUGCCUCUACUGCGGCAAGCUGUACUCGCGCAAGUAUGGGCUCAAGAUCCACAUGCGGACACACACCGGCUACAAGCCCCUCAAGUGCAAAGUGUGCCUGCGGCCCUUUGGCGACCCCAGCAACCUCAACAAGCACAUCCGCCUGCACGCCGAGGGCAACACGCCCUACCGCUGCGAGUUCUGCGGCAAGGUGCUGGUGCGCCGCCGGGACCUGGAGCGCCACGUCAAGUCCCGCCACCCCGGCCAGAGCCUACUAGCCAAGGCGGGCGACGGUCCGGGUGCGGAGCCUGACUACCCCCCGGAGCCUGGGGAGCCCAAGAGUGACAACGACAGCGAUGUGGACGUCUGCUUCACGGACGACCAGAGCGACCCUGAGGCCGGGGGCAGCGGCGAGCGCGACUCUUAA